GUUGCAAUAAGUGGUGAAUGGUCUCCUUGGCAAAGUAAAGUGCCUCAAAUUGAAGUUGAAACACACAAAGUUGCUGCUCCAGAUAUUGUUGUCCCCACACUAGAUACUGUUCGCCAUGAAUCACUUUUGUACACUUGGUUGGCUGAGCACAAACCAUUAGUAUUAUGUGGACCACCUGGAUCAGGGAAAACUAUGACAUUGUUUAGUGCAUUAAGAUCUUUACCAGAUAUGGAGGUUGUUGGCUUAAAUUUUUCUAGUGCUACAACUCCUGAGUUAUUAUUAAAAACAUUUGACCAUUAUUGUGAAUAUCGAAGAACUCCAAACGGCAUUGUUCUUUCCCCAAUUCAACUUGGAAAAUGGCUGGUUCUUUUCUGUGAUGAAAUCAAUUUACCGGAUAUGGACAAAUAUGGAACUCAGAGAGUGAUAUCAUUUUUAAGGCAAAUAGUGGAGCAUGGUGGUUUUUAUCGUACUACUGACCAAGCCUUUGUAAAACUGGAGCGUAUCCAGUUUGUUGGAGCCUGUAACCCACCUACUGAUCCUGGACGAAAACCUCUCUCUCAUAGAUUUUUGCGUCAUGUUCCAAUUGUUUAUGUUGAUUAUCCUGGUGAAACAUCUUUGAAGCAGAUUUAUGGUACUUUCAAUCGAGCAAUGCUUCGUUUACUUCCUUCUUUAAGAACUUACUCUGAACCACUCACAGCUGCCAUGGUUGAAUUCUAUCUCAUGUCACAGGAGCGUUUUACACAAGACAUGCAGCCACAUUAUGUAUACAGUCCCCGUGAACUUACAAGAUGGGUUCGGGGCAUUUGUGAAGCAAUCAGACCUCUUGAAACUCUUGCAGUUGAAGGACUUGUUCGACUGUGGGCACACGAAGGGUUGAGACUGUUCCAAGACAGAUUAGUAGGUGAAGAUGAACGUGUCUGGACUGAUGAAAAUAUUAAUACAGUUGCUUUGAAACAUUUCCCUAACGUAAAUCGUGAUGCUGCAUUGGAAAGACCUAUACUUUACAGCAACUGGUUAUCUAAAGACUAUUUACCAGUUGAGAGAGACUGUUUAAGGGAUUAUAUUAAAGCUAGGUUAAAAAUAUUCUAUGAAGAAGAAUUAGAUGUGCCUCUGGUACUGUUUAAUGAAGUUUUAGAUCACGUGCUCAGAAUUGAUCGAAUCUUUCGGCAGCCUCAGGGUCAUCUGUUGCUGAUUGGUGUCAGCGGCGCUGGCAAAACUACAUUGUCUCGUUUUGUCGCUUGGAUGAAUGGUCUCAGUGUAUUCCAAAUAAAGGUUCACAAUAAAUACAGUGCUUCUGAUUUUGAUGAAGAUUUAAGAGCUGUGCUUAGAAGAUCUGGCUGUAAAGAUGAAAAAAUCUGCUUCAUCCUAGAUGAAUCUAAUGUAUUAGAUUCUGGAUUUUUGGAGCGCAUGAACACACUCUUGGCCAAUGGAGAAGUUCCGGGUCUGUUUGAAGGAGAUGAAUUCACAACUCUGAUGACUCAGUGUAAAGAAGGCUCUCAAAGAGAAGGCUUGAUGCUGGACUCUAAUGAAGAGCUGUAUAAAUGGUUUACACAGCAGGUAAUGAAAAAUUUACAUGUUGUGUUUACCAUGAAUCCUUCAUCUGAAGGUUUGAAAGACAGAGCUGCUACUUCCCCAGCAUUGUUCAACAGAUGUGUUCUUAAUUGGUUUGGAGAUUGGUCUGAUGAAGCACUUUUUCAUGUUGGUAGAGAGUUUACUAACAAGCUUGAUAUGGACAAACCACAUUAUAAGGCUCCAGAUUACUUUCCUGCAGCUUUUUCGAGUCUGGAAAUGCCACCUACACACCGAACUGCUAUUGUCAAUGCUUUUGUUUAUGUUCAUCAAACACUGCAUAAAGCAAAUGCCAGACUUUCUAAAAGAGGAGGUCAUGUUGCUACAGUUACACCUAGACAUUUUCUUGAUUUUAUAAAUCAUUAUGUGAAGCUUUUUAAUGAGAAACAGGCAGAACUAGAAGAACAACAAUUGCAUCUAAAUGUUGGACUGCAGAAAAUACAUGAAACUGUUGAGCAGGUAGAAGAACUGCAGAAAUCACUAGCUCUAAAAAGCCGAGAACUUGAAGCCAAAAAUCAAGCUGCAAAUGCAAAGUUAAAAGACAUGUUAAAAGAUCAACAAGAAGCAGAGAAGAAAAAAAUGCAGUCUCAUGAGAUACAAGCUGCUCUUCGGGAGCAAGAAGAAGUGAUAGCUGUAAAAAGAGCUAGUGUCAUGGAAGAUUUAUCAAAAGUUGAACCUGCUGUUUUAGAAGCUCAACAAGCUGUGAAAUCUAUAAGAAAACAGCACUUAGUUGAAGUACGAUCCAUGGCAAACCCACCUGCUCCUGUUAAACUUGCUCUUGAAUCUAUUUGCUUGCUGCUUGGAGAGCCAACAACUGACUGGAAAGCUAUCAGAUCUGUCAUCAUUCGAGAAAAUUUUAUUAAUACAAUAGUGAACUUUGCUACUGAUGAAAUCACAGAUGAAAUAAGGACUAAAAUGAAAAACAAAUACGUAAAUAAUCCUGAAUUCAAUUUUGAAAAAGUUAACCGUGCCAGUGUGGCUUGUGGACCUAUGGUGAAAUGGGCUAUUGCUCAGAUUAAUUAUGCUGAUAUGUUGAAAAGGGUUGAACCUCUAAGAGAUGAACUUCAGAGUUUAGAAACUGAAGCAGCUGAAAAUAAACGUAGAGCUGAAGAAAUGGAGAGUCUUAUUAACCACCUAGAAAAAAGCAUUGCUGCAUAUAAGGAAGAAUAUGCUAACCUAGUAAGCCAGGCUCAAGCCAUCAAAGCAGAUUUAGCAUCUGUGCAAGCUAAGGUUGAUCGCAGUAUUGCUCUGCUUAAGAGCUUAAGUUCUGAAAGAAAGCGGUGGGAGGCAACAAGUGAAACUUUCAAAAACCAAAUGGCUACUAUUGCAGGAGAUGUGUUGUUGUCAUCUGCUUUCUUAGCAUAUGCAGGGUAUUAUGAUCAGCAAUACAGAAACAACUUAUUCAACUAUUGGUGUACACAUCUUCAACAAGCUGGUAUAAUGUUUAGAGGAGAUCUUGCAAGAACUGAGUAUCUGUCAACUGCUGAUGAACGCUUAAGGUGGCAAGCAAAUGCUUUGCCUUCAGAUGACCUGUGUACUGAAAAUGCAAUUAUGUUAAAGCGAUUCAAUCGCUAUCCUCUUAUCAUUGAUCCUUCUGGCCAAGCUACAGAAUUUAUAUUGAAUGAAUACAAAGAAAAGAAAAUUACUAAGACUAGUUUCUUGGAUGAUUCUUUCCGGAAGAAUUUGGAAAGUGCUCUUCGAUUCGGCAACCCACUUCUUGUGCAGGAUGUUGAAAGCUAUGAUCCAAUACUUAAUCCAGUACUGAACAGGGAAGUGCGUAAGACUGGAGGGCGAGUGUUAAUCACACUUGGAGAUCAAGACAUUGAUUUAUCACCAUCAUUUUGCAUUUUCCUUUCUACUCGGGAUCCAACAGUUGAUUUUCCUCCUGAUAUUUGCUCACGUGUAACAUUUGUUAACUUCACUGUUACUCGUAGUAGUCUGCAAAGCCAGUGUCUAAACCAGGUUCUAAAAGCUGAAAGACCAGACAUUGAUGAAAAACGAUCUGACCUUUUGAAAUUGCAAGGAGAGUUUCAUGUUCGUCUCAGACAGCUAGAAAAAUCAUUGUUACAGGCUCUCAAUGAUGCUAAAGGUCGAAUUUUAGAUGAUGACAGUGUCAUCAGUACAUUAGAGAAACUGAAAAAUGAAGCAUCUGAAAUCAUGCAUAAAGUAGAAGAAACAGAUAAGGUUAUGGGUGAAGUAGAAAUGGUUUCUCAACAAUACAUGCCUCUUUCUCAAGCAUGCAGCAGUAUAUACUUUACCCUAGAAGGAAUGCAUCAAGUUCAUUUCCUCUAUCAGUAUGCUCUACAAUUCUUCCUGGAUAUGUACAAUGAUGUGCUUACUAAUAACCCCCAUUUAACUGGUUUAUUAGACAAUAAUGCUCGAUUAUCUGUUAUUACAUCAGAUCUAUUCCAGACUGUGUAUAAUCGUGUCACAAGAGGGGUACUUCAUGAAGACCGUCUGAUAUUUGCUUUGCUUUUAUGCAAGAUUUACUUAAAAGGUUUAUCCAGUGAACCCAAUUUUGAACAUGAAUUUAAUCAUUUCUUGCGUGGAAGAGAAGGAAUUCUUCCUGGACAACCAACUAUUCAUUUCCCAGGGCUUAAUCCAGAUCAACUUGAGGGAGCAACUGCUCUUUCUAAACUGCCAGCUUUUAAAAAUCUUCAAAGAAAUCUUGAUAAUAUAGAGAAUUUCAACAAAUGGAUAGAAAGUAGUAAUCCAGAACAAGAGGUGCCUGUUUUGUGGAGUGAUGACAAGCCCUUGACAGCAAUUGGAACUGCUAUGCAUGAACUUUUAGUUACUCAAGCAUUCAGGCCUGAUAGAGUAAUAGCCAAAGCUUUACAAGUUGUUUCUGCUGUACUGGGAAAUAAUUUCCUAGCAGAAGCAGAAGUUGAGCUGGAUCUUGCUUCAAUUGUUGAAAAUGAGGUUAAAUCGAACACACCAGUGCUAAUGUGUUCAGUACCAGGAUAUGAUGCUAGUGGUCGUGUUGAUGAUUUAGCAACUGAAUUGGGAAAAAGUAUAACAUCAAUAGCCAUGGGUUCUGCAGAAGGUUUCAGUCAAGCUGAAAAAGCCAUAAACUCUGCAUCUAAAACUGGAAGGUGGGUAAUGUUGAAGAAUGUACAUUUGGCACCUCAGUGGCUAGUGCAGCUAGAGAAGAAGCUACACACAUUGAAACCUCAUGCAUUGUUUAGACUUUUCUUAACACUUGAAAUUCAUCCAAAAGUGCCCGUAAAUUUGUUGCGUGCUGGUCGCAUAUUUGUCUUUGAGCCUCCGCCUGGUAUCAAAGCCAACUUGUUGCGUACGUUUAGUGCAGUACCUGCACAAAGGAUGAUGAAAGCUCCAGGCGAAAGGGCUCGCCUUUACUUUUUGCUUGCAUGGUUCCAUGCUGUAGUUCAAGAGAGGCUACGAUAUUCACCUCUGGGAUGGUCAAAACGCUACGAGUUCAAUGAAUCUGACCUUCGUGUUGCUUGUGAUACAUUGGAUACUUGGAUUGAAACUGUAGCCAUGGGAAGAACUAAUUUACCGCCAGAAAAAGUGCCUUGGGAUGCCAUUUGUACUCUAUUUAGCCAGUGUAUAUAUGGUGGCAAAAUUGAUAAUGAAUUUGAUCAACGUUUGUUGAACUCUUUCUUGAAUAAACUGUUCACUGCCCAGAGCUUUGAGCCAGAUUUUCCUUUAGUAACAGGCGUUGAUGGUGUUGAUAACAAAGUUAUAACAAUGCCUGAAGGAAUAAGAUUUGCAACAAAUACUUGUUGGAUUGUAAUGAGGAGAAGGAAAGAAAUUAUUGAAAAUUUUCCACCACCUGAAAUGAAUAUUGGUGAGAUGUUGAUUUUGCAGGGAAAAAAACCUAAAUUACUUUCAAAUAUAUUAUUGAAAAAUCUGUAUGAAGUAACUAUUAUGUUUAAUAAUACAGGAACAUCAUUAAUUGCUAAGCUGCUGAAGAUGCAGUUGUUAGAAGAUGAUGAUGAAGUAGUAUAUUCUGCUGAUGAGGCUGAGGCAAAGCGUAAAGCUGAUGGACGGCCAGCUUGGAUGAUUACUCUACAUAAUUCUGCUGCUACAUGGUUGCGCUUAGUUCCUCAAAGUUUACCAUCGUUAAAAAGAACUGUUGAAAAUAUCAAGGAUCCAAUGUACAGAUACUUUGAGAGAGAGGUUAAUGCUGCUGUUAAAUUGUUACAAAUUGUUCGACGUGAUUUGGAAGAUGCUAUUCAGAUUUGUAAGGGAGAAAAGAAGCAGACGAAUUUCCAUCGUUCCAUGAUUAGUGAUCUUGCAAAGGGUAUUCUACCAUCCCACUGGCGAUGCUACACUGUUCCUUCCGGAUGUACUGUAAUACAGUGGAUUACUGAUUUCUCAGACCGAAUAAAGCAACUUCAAAAAGUGUCUACUGCAUCUGUGUCUGGAGGUACUGCAGCUUUAAAGAAUCUACAUGUUUGGCUUGGUGGUCUCUUCAAUCCUGAAGCAUAUAUCACAGCUACUCGACAGUAUGUUGCUCAAGCAAAUGGAUGGUCCUUGGAAGAACUGGCAAUGAAAGUAACAAUUUUGGAUAAGGAUGAAAAACCAGCUGAUUUAGAUGAAUGUAGUUUUGGUGUAACAGGAUUAAAACUUCAAGGAGCUGAAUGCCGCAAAAGCCAUUUGUACUUAACCCUGACCAUAUCCACUGAUCUGCCUUUAACUACACUUCGUUGGAUCAAGAGAACUGAAGAAAAGAAAUCAACACCAGAGGUGACACUUCCUGUGUAUUUAAAUACAACCCGUAGUGAAUUACUCUUCACAGUUAAUCUUCCUGUGGCUGGCCAACAGAAAGAAUAUAGUUUUUAUGAAAGAGGAGUGGCUGUUAUUUGUUCAUCAGCUCUUGGUUAAAUGACUGUGAUGAAUUUUUUGUUAAAUUUAUGGACCACAUAAUUUUAUUUAAUUAUUAGGGCAGCUGUGUUAUUUAAUUUCUUCAAGACUAAUUUUGAAGUUAUGCUGUCUUUGAACAUCUUUGUAUUUAUCAUUUUUUAAUUAUUUUUAUUUGUAAGCAUAAUAAAAACUCAAAAAGAA